GCCCCGAAGCCCGAGGAUGCGCGUCCUGAGGUCGCCCAGCCUCCUGCUGCUGCUCUCGGGGGCCCUGGCGCUGAGCGGGGCCCGGGCGGGUCCCCACUCCCUGCGGUAUUUCGACACCAUCGUGUCCCGGCCCGGCCGCGGGGAGCCCCGCUUCCUCGCCGUCGGCUACGUGGACGACACGCCGUUCGUGCGGUUCGACAGCGACGCCGCGGACCCGAGGAUGGAGCCGCGGGCGCCGUGGAUGGAGGGGCCGUGGGUGGAGCAGGAGGACCCGCAGUACUGGGACCGCGAGACGCGGAACAUGAAGGAAACCGCACAGAUUUUCCGAGUGAGCCUGAACAACCUGCGCGGCUACUACAACCAGAGCGACCCCGGGUCUCACACCUUCCAGUGGAUGUACGGCUGCGACCGGGGCCCGGACGGGCGCCUCCUCCGCGGUUACGAGCAGCACGCCUACGACGGCGCCGACUACAUCAGCCUCAACGGGGACCUGCGCUCCUGGACCGCGGCCGACGCGGCGGCUCAGAUCACCCAGCGGAAGUGGGAGGCGGCGGGGGUGGCGGAGCGACACAGGGCCUACCUGGAGGGGCGGUGCGUGGAGUGGCUCGGCCGGUACCUGGAGAAGGGGAAGGAGACCCUGCUGCGCGCAGACCCUCCAGAGACACGCGUGACCCGCCACCGCGUCUCUGAGCGCGAGGCCGCCCUGCGGUGCUGGGCGCGGGGCUUCUACCCCGCGGACAUCAGCCUGACGUGGCAGCGCGACGGGGAGGACCAGACGCAGGACAUGGAGUUUGUGGAGACGCGGCCGGCGGGGGACGGGACCUUCCAGAAGUGGGCGGCCGUGGCGGUGCCGCCCGGGGAGGAGCAGAGAUACACGUGCCGCGUGCAGCACGAGGGGCUGCCCGAGCCGCUGACCCUGAGAUGGGAGCCGCCCUCGCAGACCACCUUCAUCAUCGUGGGAGUCGUCGUUGGCCUGGUCCUGCUUGGAGCUGUGGCGGCUGGAGCCCUGAUGUGGGGGAGGAGGCGCUCAGGUGGAAAGGGAGGCAGCUACGCGCAGGCUGCCAGUGGUGACAGUGCCCAGGGCUCUGAUGUGUCUCUCACGGCUUGUAAAGCGUGAGACGGCUGCCCUGUCAGGGAACAAACGAUGGAAGGGUCUUCACAAACACAUACCUGCCGACCCCUGUUUGUGACGUCAGGAAGAUCCUUUGCUUCUCUUUCUGCAACUGGCGUGUAACUGACUGCGUUUCUAUCAGCACAAGGCGGGGAGGUGGGAGGCUGGCCCACCCCCCACCAACAAGCCCCUCCCCACACUUUCCGGUUGCAGCCGAGGUGGGGCAGGUCCUCCCCCUCCCUGUCUGUACUUCCAAGUGCCCUGAGCUGCAGCUUCUUACUGUGUUAAUGAAAUAAGAUCCUGGAUAUGAAUUUGUAUUUUCAGUUCUUGCUGUGAGUGGUUCAUGUGUUCAUUAAAAUCUUGAAGAUCCUAAA